AGCUAUCUCUCUUGUUCUAUGGCUGUCAAUUAAACGUCAAAUGUGUAACCUAAAUUUUCUAAUCAUCACAAAAAUGUUUGUAAUAAAUAUUUAUACCAGUUAACACUAACAUAUUACGUAGUAUUAUGCAGUGAACGUUAAACGUUAACAUUUUUUAUCUAUCCGAGAGCAACAAGUUGUAUUUCAAGUGAUUCACUUCAGGUACCCUUAUCAGAUAAUACGCCUGAUUAGUGUUUUUUAUGAAAUCGCUCAAUUCUUUGCUUAACUUUCGCCAUGGAUACUAUACUCCAACCUUUAACUACCCUAAAAACAGGGGUUAACGCAUCUCUUGCUGGGAAAGAACCAUGGCAAAUAGUCACAAUAACCACGACAAGUGUGUUGUUUUUAGUCUGGCUUCAUGACUUUUUCAAUCAAGAAGAAAGUGUUACUCAAAGGGCCAAAAAGACUGUUUUCAAGUUAGCCAAAUUGAUACCGAGCGUUAGAGAGAAAUUUGAAACCGAAUUGGCCAAAGUUUCCGAAUCGUUUGAGAAAGACAUAGUGGAAAAGACCAAGCACUUGACCUACAUCACUAAAUUGCCUGAAAAGAAAUUAACUGCAGAGCAGAUCUUAAAUUGUGUUGAGGAAAAUUUAAAAGUGGGCGACUACGACUGGAAAGGGGGCCUCGUCUCGGGAGCCGUGUACUACCACAAUCCCGCAUUAAUAAAACUUGUCACCGAUGUUUACGGCCUAACAUCAUACACCAACCCCCUUCAUCCUGACCUCUUCCCCGGUUUAUGCAAAAUGGAAGCUGAAGUGAUACGCAUGUCUUGCAAUCUCUUCCACGGUGACGAAAAUUCAUGUGGAAUAGUGACUACCGGAGGCACUGAAUCCAUCGUUAUGGCAUGCAAAGCCUGGCGAGACUACGCCCGUGAAGUCCGAGGAAUCCGUAAACCUGAAAUAAUCGUUCCGGUUACAGCCCAUUCGGCGUUUGACAAAGCUGCCCAAUAUCUCCGGUUAAAAGUUCGCUCGAUUCCGGUUGAUCCUUUUACAACUAAAGCCAAUAUCAAGGCCAUGAAACGUGCCAUUAAUUCCAACACGAUUUUGUUGGUAGGUUCCGCACCCAAUUUUCCCUACGGAACUAUGGACGAUAUUGAGGCGAUUUCAGCUCUAGGUGUGAAAUAUAAUAUUCCCGUACAUGUCGAUUCUUGCCUUGGAGGUUUUUUGACUGUGUUUAUGCAAGAUGCCGGAUAUCCGGUACCGUUAUGUGAUUUCAGGUUACCGGGGGUUACGAGUAUUUCAGCUGAUACGCACAAGUAUGGAUUUGCGCCGAAAGGGUCUUCGGUUGUGCUUUACAGGGAUAAAAAGUACAGGCAUUAUCAAUAUACGGUUACUACUGACUGGCCCGGUGGUGUUUAUGGAUCCCCGACUCUUGCAGGAUCAAGAGCUGGGGGCAAUAUAGCCGUUUGUUGGGCCGCAAUGCUUAAUUUCGGAAAAGAAGGUUAUGUACAGGCUACUAGAGACAUUAUCCAUACCGCAAGAUACAUCGAAAAAGGACUAAGAAGGAUGAAAGGAAUUUUCAUUUUUGGCCAACCUGCCACAAGUGUCAUUGCUUUAGGAUCGAAAGAUUUUCACAUUUAUCGACUUGGAUCGGCUUUAAAUAAACUAGGGUGGAAUUUGAACGUCUUGCAGUUUCCAUCGGGAAUUCACAUAUGUGUUACACAUAUGCAUACGCAACAGGGUGUCGCCGAUAAAUUUUUGAAUGAUGUCCAAAACAGUCUUGUUGAAAUUUUGAAAGAACCGGAUGUUCCUGUCGAAGGAAGAAUGGCAAUAUACGGGGUGGCCCAAAGUUUACCAGAUAGGUCAAUCGUGACCGACUUUACAAGAUUAUUUUUAGAUUCAAUGUAUUACACUCCAAAAACAACAUGAGUACUUAAGCAUCACUUUAUUGGCGAUUGUAUGGUAAAAAUAAAAUAAAAUAAGAUGCUGAUUUUUUAGUUAGAUAAUUGGAUAAGAAACAAUUGACGCGCGAUUGGUAUAUCUCCUGAUGCGAAUUUAAUUCCAUUGUCCUUGUGGAAAAUUCAUUUGUUUUUAUCGCUAGCUAAAUACAUUUUAUCUGCUAUAAUAGGGCAAUAAAAACCUUCAUUAUAGUAAAAUAAUUUAUUUAAUCAUGGUGUAACACGAUACAUCAAAAUAAAUAAUUUAGCUAUAUGUUUAACAUGCAACAA